CAUUCUUACCUAAGGUAGGUACCUAAAGUUAUUCUUAGAAGAUUGGAAUCCGGCAACUUUCAUUUUUGGCGAAUCCAAACUUUCGAACACGCUCCCCACCAAUUUAGACGCGCCUGAAUUGCAAACGAAUCUCACCCCUAGUCAACAUUUCCAGUAAUCGCAUUUAUUUUAUUUCUAUGGGGGGAAUAGUCGCACCGCGUUAACAUCGGCAUCACCUUUCAAUUCCAUAUGUCACCGUCUAGACUGCCACUAAUGGAGACCGACGACAAUAACGCGACCUCUUCUCCCGCUUCUGCCUCUGCUUCUGCCUCCGCUUCCGCCCCCGACAAUUCGCGACGAAGAUCGGGACGCGUUGUGAGAGCACCUCAGAAGUUCUCACCCGAAGCAAGUUCGUCACACAAUGAUAGCGUCUCGUCGAAGCGAAAGAGAGGUCGCGAUCGCGACGGGGGAGAUGUUGAGAACGAAUCACCUGCCGAGGAUGAUGACGACGAGCUUAGCGACCCAGAAGAUCAAGAGGACAAUGAAGAAGAAGAGCAGACUUCCAAAUCGAAGAAGUCCAAACCCAAACAAAAACCACGAGCGAAGAAACCGGCAGCGAAGCGCGCUAAAGUAAACGGCAGCGCGCCAACGCCGACAGAAGCUGGAAUUGCUUCACUUGCGCCUGCGGUUAGGCUUCCAAACAGGCCUAAGAAGACUGCGAGAGUCGUUAUAGUUCAUCCCGAUGGAGACGGUCUUUAUGCUGAAGUAUUUGGUUCUGGCGAUUCUUCCGACGAUGUUGCUGCGAACUGGUUCCAGCGCUACCAGCAAGAUGAUGCUAAAGCAUUAACCGAAGUUAUUAACUGCGUUUUGCUUGCGGCAGGCUGCGAGCAGCAACUAAGCGAGGAUGAUAUCCGAGAUCCCGACAAUUCUGCAAACAGAUUAUCGGAGUUAGAAGAUGCUUAUCAACAGACAAGCAUCUCCGACUAUCCCCUUAUAUCGAGGGCGAAGAGCAGUAAAAACUUUCGUGAACUGCUUAUUGGGUUCUUCGAGUCUUUAAUUAGUGUGCUUCACCAAACCGAUGUCCUCUACAAUGACGGGGAUUUGCUAGACAAUAUUCAACGAUGGGUUGGUAUCAUGUCAUCCUCCUCUCUACGCCCGUUCAGACAUACGGCAACGACGGUAGGGUUGGCAAUACUUACUUCACUUAUCGAGGUGACGGAGCAGCUCGACGAACGAAUUACGAAAUCCAACCAGGCUCUACAAACCGAGUCCAAUCGCAGAGGUAAAAAUAAGAAUCUCAUCGAAAACACGAAAAAGGCUCUUGACACUGCAAAUCGUAAUCGCGAAUUUAUCGACAGCAAGGUCAAGGACCUUUUCGACAUUAUCUUUGUUCACCGUUACCGCGACAUCGACCCUAAAAUUCGUGCUGAGUGUGUCGAGGCUCUCGGUACCUGGAUUUGCACUCUCCCAACAGUCUACAUGGCCCCCGAAUACCUGCGCUACUUGGGAUGGCUGUUGUCAGAUGUUUCUGCCUCUACUCGAAUAGAGGUUCUAAGGCAGUUAGCAAGGGUCCUGAAACGAGAUGCAGAGAAACUGGCCCAUUUCAUUGACAGAUUCAGACCUCGUCUUGUUGAGAUGGCCACGAAAGAUUGCGAUGUAUCUGUUCGUGUAACGGCAAUUGGUGUUGUUGACAUACUACGCGCGUCGGGCAUGCUUGAGCCUGAAGAAGUCGACUCGGUCAAUAAACUGCUUUUCGACUCUGAAGUCAGAAUACGUAAAGCGGUCGUUGGUUUCUUUUCGGCGCUAGUCCAAGAGCUUAUCGAAAAUAAAGUGGAUGAAAUUGGUGGAAACGACGCGCUGGACGAGGUCUUUGGAGAUGAAGAUGAAGACGAAUAUGAUUCACUUCGAAAGGAUUGGAUCAAUAUCAAGGCUCUCGCAGAGAAUCUCGCAGUAUACGAUGCUCAACUGGAUGAAGAGCAGGAUGAAAUACGUCACGGAUUAGACGUAGCCGCGGAAGUGUUAAACGCCAACAUGCCAGACUCCCGAAUUAUAUUGGCAACUCAGGUGCUUUAUGAAAAAAUUCCCGAAGUCAAUAACUGGCAGAUUCUUGCCGGUUAUUUGUUAUUUGACCACUCAACCAGUACAAAAUCCAGGGCGAGUUCGAAGACCAAUUCCGUCGAGGCCGCCACAAAGAGAGCUGUCGCACCCGAACCACGAGAAGAAGCUAUUCUGCUUGAAGUCCUUGCCGCAGCUGUAAGAGAGAGUCUUACGCCAUCUUCCGAGCAUGACAAACAUAAGAAGAAGGUCGGUAGAUUCGAAUUAGAUGCGCAAGAUGAUGCUGGUAUGAAGCUGGCAGCGCUCAUACCUCGUCUCUUGAACAAGUUUGGGUCGGAUCCCGCGUUGGCAGCCAUAGUACUUCGAUUAGAGCACUUCCUUGAUCUGGAAGUGUUCCAACAGUUGCGCCAAAAUUCGGCAACAUACGAUAAACUUCUCGAUGAAAUCGCCACCCAAUUCAAUCGGCAUGUUGAUCAGAGGCUUCUUAACGAAGCAACAUCAGCGUUUAUUCAUGCCAGACAAUACGAAGAGCUCGAGGAAUUGACUGAUAAUAAGAUAGCAGAGCUCUGGGACAACGCGCUCAAUUCGUUGCGGACCGUCGACAAGAUUUGUGAAUUAUCAGCUCGAGGCAAUCUUGACCGGUCAAAUCUGACCGAGCUCUCUCAAAUCCUUAUGAAGAUCAGCAAGUUAGCCAGCAUUUCUGAUUGUGUUGAUGUACUUGAAACUCCAGGAACAUCGACCGACUCCGAUCGACCAGCCAUCAAGAUUCUCAUUAGCAUUGUGCAUCGCGGUCUACUGACGGAAUCAAAUGAAGAUUUGGAUGACCCUGAGGAUGAAGUAGUUGCCUUUGCCAUAAAAGCGUGUCAGUUUUACUUCAUGUGGAAGGUGAAGAGACUACGAAGCAUUGUUGAUAGUGAUGCGGAUAUCUCGGAUGCCGAUGUUGAUCAACUGGUUCUCUUACGCAAAGAAUUUGUCACCAACCUCAUACAAACCUUCUCCUCUCGAGGCUUCAAUGACGAUCUUCGUCUCUUCGCCGUCGGCAGUGCUUGCGAUUUGUCCGUGUUAUUUGUUUUCCUACGUCCUAUAGUUGAGGAUCCGCAGGGCUCCAAAUACAAAAAGCUGCGCCCUCUGCUCGAGGAAAUGCCCCCGGCCUUAAUUACUCAGGAGGUGAUCCCUAUAUUCGAUGCAGCAGAGCAAGCGUACGCGAAACGAGCCAAUAAGCAGCUCAACGAGCCUACGGAUGAUGAAGAUCCCUUGGAUGACGAAUUACCACCCGAAGAUGACGAGGAUGAGGAGCUCACAGAGCAGGAGCGUUUCGCGGCCGAGCUGAAGGCCGAGAAGAUCCUGUGCGAUCUAACUGGUAAACUCGUACUUGCCAUUCUAGCCAAGACUAUUGACCACACCGGACCGGACGCUGGGAAGCUGCGAAAGCGGCUGAACCGUAACAAAACAAAACUAGGAAACAACUACAGAGAUGUGGUUGCUUACCUAGACGAGGACCACCUUCGCGAACUAAGAGGCGGAAAGAAGAAAUCCACAGCCAAGGCUAAGGGCAAGGAGCCCGCCAAGAAGGUUAUGCUGAGCGCGGAGCUGGUCAUCGAGGACGAGGAGGACGACGACGAUGUGAAUGGUGGUCAGAGAAAGCUGGAGGACCCGUUCGAGGAGGAUCUGGAACCCGAACCGGAGCCCGAAGAAGGCACGGUGGAGGAUCUUAGACGGAGGGAGUUACUAGAAGACGACCCUAUCGAGGACGACUCCGAUGAGGAGAGACCACCACCACCAGCAGCGGGAGGAGAGCUGAUGGAAGAUGAUGAGGUCAUCGGCGAUUAGGAUUGGGGAUUAAUGAAGCUGGGUCGAGCAGGCAGGCAGGCAGGCAGGCAGGCAGGCAGGGAAAUGACUGACUGAUUCGAUU